AUGACUAGUCUAGAUAACUCCUUGGAUGGUGGGGCAACAGAUUCGCCAUCAAAACAACCCGCAUCGUAUGCAUGUGUGGUCUGUCACAACCGAAAGGUCAAAUGUGAUAAACAAGAUCACCGUACUCCCUGUUCAAAUUGCGCAAAGGCAAAUGUGGAAUGCAUCUACCGUGCUCCACCACCUCGUCGCAAAAGAAAUCGAGAAACCAACGGGAGUGUAUCUCAAGAACGCGGAAAACAUCUUAGACGCAGCACGGGAUUUGACCAAAAUCCCUCUGCCCGUCAGCAUUAUCAUCAUGCUGGGGGAGAUCAACGGACUGAAGCAGGAAAGAGUGGAUCUGGGAGGAUGAUCAUGAAAGAUGGCAAUUCCAUCUAUCUCGAUAACAAUCUUUGGACCAGUGUGAGCAAUGAGCUUCCAAAUGCAGCAGACGUAUUGGACGAUGGAUCGGAUAAUGGUACCGAUAACUUUGCCCAGGAUGUGAGCGACGAUUAUGCGAUACUCUCGACAUCUGCAACCAAAAAGGUUCUUACAGAGCUCCACCCGAGUCCCCUGAAUAUCUUCAAGUUGUGGCAGGCCUUUCUCGAGAAUGUGAACCCGCUCACCAAAAUUAUACAUGCUCCAACUGUUCAACAACAGAUCUUGGAUGCCAUGAGUGAUUUGUUAAAAGUAAGCCGGGAGAUCGAAGCAUUGAUGUUCGCAAUAUACUGUAUAGCAUUGGUUUCCCUGCAAGCAGAAGAUGUCGAAAAGUCAUUCGGAGAAAGCAAGAAAGCCCUCCUAUCAAAGUGCAGACGAGGAGCCCAACUCGCUUUCAAGAAUGCAUCGCUUCUUCGUACAUCAAGCUCAGUAGUUCUUCAAGCGUUUAUGCUAUACCUGCUUUGCAUGCGUUCGUUUUCCGACCCACAUACUGUCUGGACAUUAUGCGGCAUUGCAGUGAGGAUUGCGCAACGGAUUGGAAUUCAUCGAGACGGGUCUGCACACGGACUUUCAGUAUUCGAAACAGAAAUGCGCCGUCGCAUCUGGUUCCAGCUCAUGAUCAUAGAUGCCACAUCUGCACAGUUCUGUGGUGUAGCAUCAACGCCGCUCCCAACCACAAUUGAUGUACAACCGCCCAUGAACGCAAAUGAUAGCGACCUCGACCCUCGCAUGACCGAGCCAGCCUGCGAGAAGCCAGGACCAACAGAAAUGAUAUUUGUUCUGGCUCGGAGGGCAUUUGGAAAAUGGCUCCUCCGUUUGUCAAACCAGAUGGAGAGUUCUAAUACUGGACCAUGGGCUUUCCUAUCAUCGUCGUCGAUGUCAUUAAAGGACAAGGACAAGACAAUUGAUGAACUUGAAGCGCACAUGGAAGACACGUUCCUCCGGCACUGCGAUAAAUCCAUCCCGUUACAUAUGGCAACGACAAUGAUGAACCAAGUUGUACGGAAAUACUCGUGGCACACGAUUAAUUUUAUGCCGUGGGAUGCCAUGAUAUUCAUGCUCUCGGAGAUACGACACCGGACUGAUCCCGAAGAGAAGAGCGAAGUCUGGCAAUUGAUUGGAAAUGUGUACUCUGAGCAUAUCAAGUCGAUGAGUGAGAACGGCCCAACGCCUCUCCACAUGGCCAUUCAACACUUAAUUGUCAAGGCCUGGCGGACGUACAUUGAAGAGUGUAACCACAGCCACCGCACACCAACACCUUGUCCAACCAUCGUCGCAUCCUUGUUAGCCAAUACAGCAGGGAUUUCUAGCCCGCAAAAGGAAGAUGAAAACUUCCCAGCUGCCAAGCGUGAUGCUAAGCCACAAGAUCAACCUAGCUACGACCAUUCUAGUUCACAAUUCGGACUGGACGAAAACUUCGGUUUCCUACUUGGUGAUAGCCCGCAGGAUUGGAAUGACUGGGACAAUCUUCUC